AUGGGCCGCAAAUUCGACGAUUACGUUGAAUAUUUAUCAGACUACUUAAAAGAUAAACCCAAUUUAGCUAUAUUGCUAGACUACGAUGGUACUUUAACUCCGAUAGUCCAACAUCCCGACCUGGCCGUAAUACCACCGAACGCUAAAGAAGUCCUGGAAAAGCUGGCGCAAAUACCCGAAAUCUUCAUAGCCAUCAUAUCAGGCCGAAACGUUUUGAACGUUAAAAGCAUGGUCGGCAUAAAUACCCUAACAUUCGCUGGAAAUCACGGUCUGGAAGUUCUGUAUCCGGACGGCUCCACCUACGAGCACAAGCUGCCCAAAGACUUCGAAGUGCAAGUAAGAACCAUGGUAAAAAAGCUGGAAGAAACGGUCGUCAGAGACGGCGCUUGGAUAGAAAACAAAGGCGCCAGCCUCACCUUCCAUUUCCGCGAAUGCCCCGAGAGCAAACGUGCGGAAAUCGAAUCGGGCGCCCGGAAGAUCAUCGAAGAAGCCGGAUUCAAAGUGGGCAACGCUCACAUGGCGCUCGAAGCCCGACCACAAGUCGAUUGGAACAAAGGCACGGUAGCGGUGCUGCUUUUAGAACAGAAAUUCGGCUCCGAUUGGAAAGACAAAGCAAAAGUUAUAUUCGUCGGAGACGAUACCACCGAUGAGGAUGCAAUGAAAGCUCUAAAAGGGAAUUCUGCUACUUUCCGCAUCGCCAAAGAUUGCACUAUUCAAACCCACGCAGAUAAAAUUUCUUGA